GGACAGCACCACAUGCUAUGUCUCUCCUUUGCUCCUGUCACUGCUAUCUCAUAUCCAUCCUUCACCAAUUAUUUGAGUAACCAAUUAAUGCAUAUCCUUUUAUCUAUAAAUCCUAAUGGCUUAAGCAUUUAGGACCAACACAAAUCAUUCACAUCCCAAGACAUUCUAAAUUCAAGAGCUAACUCUCAAUCCUUUUCUCAAACUGUUCUGUUCUCAUAUCAAUACAGCAAUGGGUUUUCGUUUACCUGGAAUCAGAAAGGUAAUAUCUGCAGCAAAUCAUGCAUCUUCAAAAGCAGUUGAUGCACAAAAGGGCUAUCUUGCUGUGUAUGUGGGAGAGAAAAUGAAGCGAUUUAUGAUUCCUGUAUCAUACUUGAACAAACCUUCCUUCCAAGACUUGUUGAGUAAAGCUGAGGAAGAGUUUGGAUAUGAUCAUCCCAUGGGUGGCCUCACAAUUCCUUGCAGUGAAGAAAUCUUCCAUCGUAUAACUUCUUGCUUGGAUGGACAAUAGAAGUCAUUACUUUAGGGGACUAACAUAGAUUAGUGGAGACAUUUUUUGUACAAUAGGCAGCUUCUUAACUUGUAAAGAUCUCCCUUUUGUGAGAAAGAAUGAUAUUUGUUCUGCAAUGAAAAUGAACUCAAAUAUUGAAGUAGCUACACAGUAUUUUUAGUUUAUCAAUUUCAAUCUUCACUUCUCUCUGCAUGAAGAAGGUUAAGUCCAGUUCAAAAACCAGACUUUGUUCGGUGAAAUUUCAAAGCGGAAUACAUCUCAUGAUUCCUAGAACGGUAGAGUGAAAAUAUUUUCACUGGAACCAAUGAUGAAAUGAAUUUAAUUGGG